UUUCCUGUGUCUAACGUGUGGAUUCCUGUGCCCCGGCAGGUUUCGUAUCCCUCGGUGUCGGAGAUCAUGGGCCUCGCCUCGCAGACCAAGUUCAGCGAGGAGCAGAUCAAGGUGUGGUUCUCCGCCCAGAGGCUGAAGCACGGAGUCAGCUGGACGCCCGAGGAGGUGGAGGAGGCGAGGAGGAAGAAGUUCAACGGCACGGUGCAGACCGUCCCCCAGACCAUCACCGUCAUCCCGGCCAACAUCGCCGCCGCCGCCGCCAACGGCCUGCAGUCCAUCUUCCAGACCUGCCAGAUCGUGGGCCAGCCGGGCCUCGUGCUCACGCAGGUCGCCGGCAGCAACAGCGCCGUGCCGGUCGCCUCGCCCAUCACGCUCACGGUCGCCGGCGUCCCCGGCAACCAGCCCAAAGCCGCCGAGCCGUCCACGUCGGAAUCCAAGACGGAGAUGUCGGCCGGCGCGGCGCUCGGCGCGGACGCGUCGUCGGCCGCCGCCGCCGCCAAGCCGAAGAAGUCCAAGGAGCAGCUGGCGGAGCUGAAGGCGAGCUACGGCCGCCGGCAGUUCGCCACGGAGGCGGAGAUCUCGCGGCUCAUGCAGGUCACCAAGCUCUCCAAACGGGCCAUCAAGAAGUGGUUCAGCGACACGCGCUACAACCAGAGGAACUCCAAGGACCACCACGUCGCGGGCGAGACGCCGCCCCGGCGCUACGCCCGCCAAGGCGCCGGGCGAAGCGCCGGGCGGAGCGCGGGGAUCACGGACCGGCCCCGGCAACGACGCCGCCACGCCAACGACGCGCCGCCUCCGCCAUUGGUCGUCAUUGACUCCAGCGACGACGCCAGCGACGGCUCGCCGACGUCCGCCGCCGCCCCGCCGGGCGCCGCCAGCGACCGCGGGUGAAGUUCCGGCAACGCCUUCCCCGACUUCACCCCGCAGAAGUUCAAGGAGAAGACGCCGGAGCAGCUGCUGGUCCUGGAGGCCAGCUUCCAGAGAUCGGACACGCCGGCGGACGAGGAGCUGAGCCGGCUGCGCGCCAAGACCAAGCUGACGCGGCGGGAGGUGGACGCCUGGUUCACCGAGAGGAGGAAGAUGCUCACGGCGGCGCAGUCCGACAAGGACGAGGGGGACGGGGGGGACGAGGGGGACGGGGAGAAGACGAAAGCGUCCUCGGCGCUGUCGUCCUCGCCUCGGGAGCGGCAGAGCACGCCGGCCUCCGGCAGGAAGGCCGUGAAGAAGACGCCGGAGCAGCUCCACAUCCUGAAGAAGGCCUUCGUCCGCACGCAGUGGCCGACGGCCGAGGAGUACGACCGGAUGUCAGAGGACAGCGGCCUGCCGAGGACGUACAUCGUCAACUGGUUUGGAGACACGCGCUACGCCUGCAAGAACAGCAACCUGAAGUGGUACUACCUCUACCAGAGCGGCAAGGUGGACGAGGCGCUGAACGGCGGAGCCAAGACCCCGAAGAAGUCCAGGAAGCGUUUCCGUGGUUGGUCCCGGAGGACACGCCGGCCGUAUCCCUGCAAGCGCUCGCCACAGGGGGGCGCCACCACCAUCAAGGUCUGUCUCUGCAGAGAGUUUAUUAGCUACACCCAUAGACAGUGA